AUGCUGUCCGUUCGUCGUUGCCUAAAUGACUUAUCUCUUGGCACAUUCUAUCAAAAAAUAACAAAUUUAUUUACACAGUCCAAAACAAAUAACAUUGAACUAAGUUCACCGGCACCAGAUUCAACAUCAGCUAUACUCUUUAACAAGUAUCCAUCUUUUGUAACAUCGUUAUCGAAACCAUUGAGCAAACAACAUCAACGACGUUCACUUGGAUUAAAACAACAACAACAACAACUCAAUGUCAGUAGUGGUUCUCAAUCAACACGUACAUCCUGCUCGACAUCGUGUGGAUCGUACAAUUCCCUAUCACAUGUAUCAGAAAACAAACAAGCGCCGCUUACAUCCAGUACUAAUUCUUCAACUGGUAUCACAACAUCUCCUAUCUACAUACAAUCAAAUAUUAUGCUACAUAGCACAUAUGGUGAUGAGCGGAAACAACAGCAACAUCAAUUUGUUCCUGGUAUGGACAGUGAUGAAUUUCGUCGUCGUGGUAAGGAAAUGGUUGAUUAUAUUGCUGAUUAUAUUACUAAUAUUAGUGCACGACGAGUUACACCUGAGGUUGAACCCGGUUAUUUACGCCCAAUGUUGCCAAAAAAUGCACCCGAUGAACCUGAACCGUGGGACGAUAUAAUGAAAGAUGUUGAAACAGCCAUAAUGCCUGGUAUAACACAUUGGCAACAUCCACGUUUUCAUGCCUAUUUUCCAGCUGGAAAUAGUUAUCCAUCAAUAUUGGGUGAAAUGUUAUCAGCUGGCUUAGGUAUUGUUGGCUUUAGCUGGGCUGCAAGUCCAGCAUGCACAGAAUUGGAAACAGUCAUGCUUGACUGGCUUGGACGAAUGAUGGCAUUACCAAAAGUAUUUUUACCGUUCGAUAUCAAUCGUGAUUAUAAAGAUAGUGAUGACGAUGAAACAAACUCGGACUCAGAGUCAUAUGAAUUAAGUGAUGUUGAUAAGGAUGAUACUGUGGAUGGUACAGUUGAAGAUGGAUUAAUGAUGAAUGGAAAGAAAAGUAGACACAAAGCUAGUGAAUGUGUACUAGUUGCCAUGUUAUGCGCCCGUGCAAAAAAAGUUGCUAGUCAACGUUUAAUAGAUCCACAUAUUGAGGAUGGACAACUGUUAUCAAAACUAGUGGCCUAUACAUCAAAACUGGCACAUUCAUGUGUUGAAAAAGCCGGUCUAAUUGCGGUCAUCAAAGUUCGACAAUUGUAUGUUGAUGAUCAUUAUUCUUUACGUGGUAAAACCUUGGAAGAAUCAAUAAAAGCAGACAAGGAAAAAGGAUUAAUACCAUUUUUUGUAUCUGGUACACUUGGUACAACAUCAUGUUGUUCAUAUGAUAAUCUUGAAGAAAUUGGUGAAAUAUGUCGUCGAGAACAAUUAUGGUUUCAUGUUGAUGGCGCCUACGCUGGAAGUGCAUUUAUUUGUGAAGAGUUUCGGUAUCUGAUGAAAGGCAUACAUUAUGCGGAUUCAUAUAAUACGAAUCCAAACAAAUGGUUAUUAAUAAAUUUUGACUGUUCGUGUUUUUGGGUGCGAGAUAAAUUUGCAUUGGUAAAUGCAAUGUCUGUUGAUCCACUCUAUUUACAACAUAAACAUGCUCAAAAGGCAGUUGACUAUCGUCAUUGGGGUGUUGCGCUUAGUCGUCGUUUUCGUGCGUUAAAAUUAUGGUUUACAAUUCGUAAUUAUGGUGUAACUGGUUUACGUCAUUAUGUUCGGGAGCAUUGUCGUUUGGCUAAAGUUUUUGAAGGGUUAUUGAGAAAAGACCAUCGUUUUGAAAUAGUUGGGGAUGUAACACUUGGCUUAGUCUGUUUUCGAUUAAUAGGAAGCAACAAACUUAGUCAAAAAUUGUUAUUAUCAUUAAAUGAUUCCGGUAAAAUUCAUAUGGUUCCAUCAAUGGUCAAUGACAUUUAUAUCAUUCGAUUUGCUGUUUGUUCAAAAGAUGCUACUGAUGAUGACAUGCGUGUUGCAUUUGAUAUAAUACAAUCACAUGCCAAUGAUGUUAUACAAGAAUAUAAAGCAAUGCGCGGUGGACGUCUGUCAUCCACGUCCAGUGAUUCUCUUGAUUUAUUAUCGAAAGUACCGCCACCUACAACGAUAAUUGGUGAAACACCUGAACUCGUCACAAGCGUCACAGCUGAAACAAAUAUACCUGAUCAAAUAUUAACAAAUUCAACGGCUGCCGUUGUCCCAUCUACCCAUCAACAACAGAAACCAUCAACACCAACAAAACCAAAAGUCACGUUUGAAAAACCAUCAGCUGUAAUUAGCAAACGUCCUGGUACCAUGUUUACACGCAUGGUUUCGGAUGCUAAAUUAUAUUUACCAAAGCGUACAUUGUCACAAAUAUCCCGUCAAUCGUCACUAGCUAAUCCAUAUGUCCGUAAACGUAUUCAAAAUGACGCAAAUGCUCCUCGAGCUCGUUCAUCCUCGGAGCGUUAUUUAUCGCGGACCGUAUCAAUUUUGGAUACAGUUCCUAGUGAUGAUGGAGAAUUAGACGAGCAAAAUUAA